AGCAUCCCGACCUCUUAGAUCACUGCAUGGACAAUAAGACAUGGCGUGGCUCACUCAGAGCCGAGGUUCUCCCAGACUCGUCCUGGUGGUGGUUUGUGUCGCUCUGCUGCUCGACAACAUGCUGCUCACUGUGGUCGUGCCGAUCAUCCCAACCUUCCUGUAUGCCAUGGAGCAUCCCAGUCCAGAGCCCCAGACCGUCCAGCCGUCCCUGCUCCCUCUAUCAAGCCUCAGUGAAUCACAGCUGCCCCCACAGUCCCCCUCAUCCAGGUCAAACCCCCGGACCUCCAGCUGGACCUCCCAGCCCUCCCAGCUCCUGAAGCCCAGCCUCAGCGCGCUGCUCCUGGGUAAACCGUCAGAGGAGAUCUCCCGGUCGUCUCCUCCCACCCUCCCUCCUCUGGUGUCCCUGUUCGACAACACGACCUUUAGUCUGCAGGAGAUCCAGACUGAACAGACCCCCGACGCUGAGCUGGUGAACCAGACCGGCCCGACCUCAGAGCAGCAGAUCAACGAGACAGCUAACGCUACGGAGUCCACCUGUCUUCAGGACAGCCGGUUUCUGGAGGAGGAAAAUGUUCGAGUCGGUUUGCUGUUCGCCUCGAAAGCUCUCAUCCAGCUGCUCGUCAAUCCUUUCGUAGGUCCGCUCACAAACAGGGUCGGAUAUCACAUCCCCAUGUUCGCUGGUUUCAUCAUCAUGUUUGCGUCGACCAUCAUGUUUGCAUUCUCAGGGACGUACGCUCUGCUGUUCUUCGCUCGCUCUCUGCAGGGGAUCGGCUCAUCGUUCUCGUCUGUGGCAGGUCUGGGUAUGCUGGCCAGUGUGUACACAGAUGACGAGGAGAGAGGCAUCGCCAUGGGCAUCGCACUGGGAGGACUAGCUAUGGGAGUCCUGAUUGGAGCUCCAUUUGGCAGCGUGAUGUACGAGUUUGUCGGAAAGAGCGCCCCCUUUCUGAUCCUGGCCUUCCUGGCUGUGUUUGAUGGAGUAUUACAGCUGUUCAUCCUGCAGCCUUCAAAGAUCUCUCCCGGGAGUGUGGAGGGGACUCCGUUACUGACCCUGUUAAAAGACCCGUACAUCCUCAUCAGUGCAGGUUCUUUGUGUUUCGCAAACAUGGGUGUGGCCAUCCUGGAACCGACUCUGCCCAUCUGGAUGAUGCAGACCAUGUGCUCCCCUAAAUGGCAACUAGGUAUGGCCUUCCUCCCUGCCAGUAUCUCCUACCUGAUAGGAACCAACCUGUUCGGCAUUCUGGCCAACAAGAUGGGGCGGUGGCUCUGCUCCAUGUUGGGGAUGUUUAUCGUUGGCGUCAGUCUGCUGUGUGUUCCUUUUGCCACCAGCAUCUACGGUCUGAUAGGACCAAACGGAGGUCUGGGCUUCGCCAUAGGUAUGGUCGACUCCUCCAUGAUGGCAAUCAUGGGCUACCUGGUGGAUAUCCGUCACGCCUCCGUCUACGGCAGCGUCUACGCCAUAGCUGAUGUGGCGCUGUGUAUGGGGUUUGCUAUAGGACCGUCCACAGGGGGAGCUCUGGUCCAGGCGGUGGGUUUUCCUUGUCUCAUGGUGUUCAUCGGGGUGAUCAAUAUCCUGUAUGCUCCACUGUGCUUCCUGUUACGUAACCCGGCGGUCAAAGAGGAGAAAAUGGCCAUCAUUGAUCAGGAGUGUGUGAUGCACAGGAAAAGCUACAACACUCAGCAGGAGAGUCGUGAGUUUCCUCUGAGCGACUACAGCGAAGAAGAGGAGACGGAGGAGUGACACCCACACACACACACACACACAUACACACAUACACACACACACACACUCAGCUGAAGAUGUUAUGUUGUGAUGUUGUCCCCGAACAUGUUUUACCUUCAUCAUCAGUCGUCUUGUCACAGUCAGAGCAGAACAGACUCUUCUUAAAGGGACAGAACAUCCCCGACACGUUCUUCACGUCCAGGUUAAACAUAAUUCUUUACUUUCAUUUCCAUCAAACGGAGAGAGGAACUCUUUAUAAUCCACUUUAACUCCUCUGCUUUUGGAUUUAUAAAACCUAAACAUAGACCUGACCCUCUAAACUCUGUGUGCAGCUCUGUAAAUGUACAGUCAUUUUCCAGGAGUACUUCAUGUGCGAAUGCAAAUAGUUGAUUUUGACUUUAUCGAGACUUCUUCCUGUCAACCCCUGGGUAAAAAGUCAGUGACGUCGGGUUGAUGUUUGAACAUACCAGGCAGUAACGAGGAACAUUCAUGCUGAGCAAACAGGCGGGGCAAUUACAUCGUUCACGUUGAGCUGACUUUUUCUGCUUUCAAAAAGAAAGGUACUCUAAGAUGUUGUCGUGACAUCAACACAGAAAAAGACAACACUAUUCCUCCCCCUGUGUGCUCUACAAAGCUGCCCCCGCUCACCUAAUCAAACUGUGUUGGGAGGGCGUGUCCCUAGCAGAAAUGAGGGUUUAUUUAUAAAAGGCUAAGUCAGAAGAUUUCAGCUCCAGAACUUUCUAAAUGUAUUGUCGUGUCUUAACAGCCCGUGAUGUGCAGAUGUAGAAUGAACCUCGUGACACUGGCCAGCUUGAAUAGUAAUUAGAUUUAUGAGAUGAAGAUGAAGUGGCCUCUCUUCUGUCUCCAUGUUCUGGCUUAAAUACUAUGAAGGUGCACUCAAAUUAGAAUGAGGGUGUCCUCCAAACAUGCACAUAUAUGGACUCUACAAUACGAGUUUCACGUUAGCUGCUAUUUGACUCCAUUUAUGAAAACCUUGUUCUGAGUAUUGACAGAGACGUCAGCUGUCACUGUCAAUCAUAUAUUUGCAGAGGUCAAAGGUGAUCUUUUUU